UACCAGCGGUGAUGGCGUACAAUACCCGCUAGUGUCCAGCGCCAUGUCAUGACCAUUAAACGGCGUGAUCAAUCGGAUCACAGCAAGACCAGACAAGUGCGGUCGUGCCUUUCGACCCCAAUUCAUUACGCUGAGAACUACUACACCUUGGGGCUCAACUUUCAAUUCACAAUUUGAAAUCACUGAGCAAUAAUGGAUGUCUUUGAGAUUAUGUUGAAAACAGCGGUAGUUGUGGUGGCUGUGUUAAACCUCGUGCAUACGUCAUGUGAUACAUACGGAUGUGAACACCUUUGUGUUGAUGUCGCCAAUGACUCAGUGUGUAGCUGUAAUUCGGGAUACGCAUUGGAUAACGAUGGUUUGCAUUGUAAUGAUGUUGAUGAAUGCUUGCACGGAACAUCAGGAUGUUCACAGGUGUGUAUUAAUACAAUUGGCGGUGCGGAGUGCGAAUGUUACGCUGGAUACCAACCUCACCCGAACCGACGGUUUUCACAUUUAUGUGUCGAUCUAGAUGAAUGUUCCAUCGAUAACGGUGGGUGCAGUCAUAACUGUACGAACACAGAAGGUAGCUACAACUGUUCCUGUGUUGAUGGAUUCAUACUCUGGGAAGAUGACCAUUCAUGCGAUAUUGAUGAAUGUGUAAUACAAAACGGAGGGUGUUUCGAUUUGUGUAUAAACCAUUUAGGAACAUUUGAGUGUACCUGCCAAGAUGGAUAUUAUUUCACGAACGAUGGAGUUUCAUGCGAAGAAAUUACGGUUUCUCCAGCAACAGAAAACAGCACGCUACCAAGCCAAGAAGCAUCAACCUCUUCUCAAGAUAUAAUGUCCUUGGUAUCCAUCGCAAUGGCCGUGAUAGUAAUCGUCGGCCUUCUCAUUGGGCUUUCAUUCACGCUAGCGUGGUAUUUGAAGAAAAAAACAUCGGUUGAAUUCGGCAGUGCAUACAGAAGGUUAUUGAACUCGAUGGCGGAACUUUUUGUGUACUCUGUUAUGAACAAGGAGUUCUAAUUUAAACAAUCCAAUAAAAUACAUUUACUGAUAUU